AUGGCCGAGGAGCUCCGAAUGAGAUAUCUACUCAGAGACUGGCGCUGUCGAAACGGAAAAUGGAAAAGAAGAAGAGAGAUAGGAGAAAGAGAAGGGGGAGAAAGAGGAGGGGGAAAGAGGAGGGGAGAAAGAGGAGGGGGAGAUGAGGGGGAGAAAGAUAAGGGGGAGGGGAGAGAGGGUAGGGGAGAAAGAGAAGGGGAGAAAAAGGAAGGGAGAAAGAAGAGUGGGAUAAAGAGGAUGGAAAAAGAGAAGGGGGGAAGAGGAGGGGAGAAAGAAGAGGGGGAUAAAGAGGAGGGGAGAAGGAGGAGGGGAAAAGGAGAAGAGGAGAACUAG